CCCCAGCGCUGCCCCAAGCGCCCCACAGCCACCCUAUAGGCAGGCGAUGUCAGGUGACUACGAGGAGGACGUUUGCCGCCGCGCGCUGCUGCUGGUGCAGGAGCUCUGCUUCACGUCGCGCCACCCGCGCGCAGCACCAGCAGUGCCUCGAGUUCAGCGACCCUCCCUGCGCCACCGCGGCCACCCCAGGCACUCCGACAGCGAGAUCUCGGUCAGCCUGCUGUCGGUGAUCGUGACGUUCUGCGGCCUGGUGCUGCUGGGCGUUUCGCUCUUCGUCUCAUGGAAGCUCUGCUGGCUGCCAUGGCGGCACAAAGGCGGCGGCGGCGGCGGCGGAGGCCGCAAGGAACCCAGGCCUGCGGGGCUCCAACACGGGGAGCCGGAAAGGGGGGAAGCGGGGCCCGAACCGCCGCACGAGAGAUCCUACAUGGACCUGGGGCCCGCGGCCGACGGCGGCGUCAGGCCCAGCCACACCGCGCCAGAGCUGCCUGUGGAGCGCGACGGGGCCAGCCCCCCCCCCCCCGGCGGCGCUUCCUGCGGCCGCCUGAGCGUGGCGCUGCGCUACUCCUACGGCAGCGAGCAGCUGCUGGUGCGCGUGCUGCGGGCCCGCGACCUGCCCCACAGGGACCCCGACGGGGGGCUCAGCGACCCCUACGUCAAGACCUACCUGCUGCCUGACCGCAAGAAGAAGUUCCAGACCAAGGUGCGCCGGCGGACGCAGAACCCGGACUUUGAGGAGACGUUCAGCUUCGCGGUGCCGUUUGCGGAGCUGCCGUCCCGCCGGCUGCAUUUCAGCGUCUACGACUUCGAGCGUUUCUCCAGGCACGGCCUCAUCGGGCAGGUGGUGCUGGACAACCUGCUGGAGGCUGCCGAGAGGGGCACCGAGAGGCCCAUCUGGAGGGACAUCGUGCAGGGGGCCGCGGAGAAGGCGGAGCUGGGGGAGGUGAACUUCUCGCUGUGUUACCUCCCCACCGCCGGCCGCCUCACCGUCACUGUGAUCCGCGCAGCCAACCUCAGGGCCAUGGACCUCACUGGGUACUCAGACCCAUACGUGAAGGCGUCGCUGAUGGCGGAGGGGCGGCGGCUGAAGAAGCGCAAGACGUCCAUCAAGAAAAACACCUUGAACCCCAGCUACAACGAGGCGCUCGUCUUCGACGUCCCGCACGACAGCGUGCAGCACCUCAGCAUCACCAUCGCCGUCAUGGACUAUGACUGCAUAGGACACAACGAGGUGAUCGGGCUGUGUGUGGGAUGUGGCGACGCUGAGGGCCCCGGCCGCGAGCACUGGGCCGAGAUGCUGGCCAACCCACGGACCCCCAUCGAGCAGUGGCACGUCCUGGUCGAGGAGAAAGCUCUGGCGCUGCCCAAAGCGACGGCGCGGGAAAAAGGCGUCGGGGGGGAAAAUCACUGAGCCAUACUGGGAGCACUGGCGCUGAGACCCCGCAUGGAAGCCAUAGCGGCGCCCCCCCCCCC